CAUUAACAUUGUGACCAUUCUAAAACCCUAAAAUUUAAAGAAAAAAUAAAUAAAUAGCCUUUUUGACCAAAAAACCCAAUCUAUGGUUUUGCCCACUAUCUCUUCCUCUCUCCUCCUAUAUAUAUGUCUUAUGAUGAGCACACAUCAUCAUCAUUCACAUACAUAAGCCAAAUGGGUGUGUGGUGGAUAGUGCUGGUGGUGGCUGUCUUGACUCACACGGCGUCUGCCGCCGUGAGAGAAUAUCAUUGGGAGGUGGAGUACAAGUAUUGGUCGCCGGACUGCAAAGAGGGCGCCGUUAUGACCGUCAACGGCGAGUUUCCUGGUCCCACCAUAAAAGCCUUCGCCGGAGACACCAUCGUCGUCAAUCUCACCAACAAACUCACCACCGAAGGCCUUGUCAUCCAUUGGCAUGGAAUCCGUCAGUUCGGAAGUCCAUGGGCAGAUGGAGCAGCAGGAGUUACUCAAUGCGCAAUUAACCCUGGAGAGACUUUUACCUACAAUUUCACUGUUGAAAAGCCGGGAACACAUUUCUACCAUGGACACUAUGGCAUGCAGAGAUCAGCUGGGCUAUACGGAUCGUUGAUUGUGGACGUGGCUAAAGGAAAGAGCGAGAGAUUGAGAUACGAUGGUGAGUUUAAUCUCUUACUCAGUGACUGGUGGCAUGAGGCUAUUCCCUCCCAAGAACUCGGUCUUUCUUCCAAACCUAUGCGCUGGAUCGGUGAAGCUCAGAGCAUAUUGAUAAAUGGGAGGGGACAAUUCAAUUGUUCAUUAGCGGCGCAAUUUAGCAACAACACAUCAUUACCAAUGUGCACGUUUAAAGAAGGUGAUCAGUGCGCCCCACAGAUACUCCACGUGGAGCCGAACAAGACUUACCGAAUCAGACUCUCCAGCACCACCGCUCUUGCCUCCCUCAACUUGGCUGUUCAGGGACACAAGCUAGUGGUGGUCGAAGCCGACGGCAACUACAUAACGCCGUUCACGACCGACGAUAUCGACAUAUACUCCGGCGAAAGCUACUCCGUCCUUCUCACCACCGAUCAAGACCCUUCACAAAACUAUUACAUCUCCGUCGGCGUCCGUGGCCGGAAACCAAACACAACUCAGGCACUCACUAUAUUAAAUUACGUAACUGCCCCUGCUUCAAAACUCCCUUCUUCUCCUCCACCGGUGACUCCACGGUGGGACGAUUUCGAACGAAGCAAAAAUUUCUCUAAGAAGAUCUUCUCAGCGAUGGGAUCACCAUCGCCGCCGAAGAAAUACAGAAAACGGUUGAUUCUUCUCAACACACAGAAUCUAAUCGACGGAUACACGAAAUGGGCGAUCAACAACGUCUCUCUAGUGACUCCGGCAACGCCGUAUCUCGGUUCGGUUAAAUACAACUUGAAACUCGGAUUUAACCGGAAAUCGCCGCCGAGGAGUUACCGUAUGGAUUACGAUAUUAUGAAUCCACCGCCGUUUCCUAACACCACUACAGGAAACGGAAUAUACGUUUUCCCGUUUAAUGUAACGGUCGACGUGAUUAUCCAAAACGCUAACGUUUUAAAAGGUAUUGUUAGUGAGAUUCAUCCAUGGCAUCUUCACGGUCACGAUUUCUGGGUUUUGGGUUACGGUGACGGGAAAUUUAAACCGGGAAUUGAUGAGAAGACGUAUAAUUUGAAGAAUCCGCCGUUACGGAAUACGGCGAUUUUGUAUCCGUAUGGAUGGACGGCGAUAAGGUUUGUGACGGAUAAUCCAGGGGUUUGGUUUUUUCAUUGUCACAUUGAACCGCAUUUGCAUAUGGGAAUGGGUGUGGUUUUCGCGGAGGGAUUAAACCGUAUUGGUAAGGUACCUGAUGAGGCGUUGGGUUGUGGUUUAACCAAGCAAUUUCUCAUGAACCGGAACCGCAAUUGAUUUAGUAAGGUAUGACGGCAUUUGAGUGUGCUUUUUUGUUUUGUGGUUGUGUUCGGUAUGUUGUCAACCGAAGAUUGGUUCAUGUUAUUGGUAUAGUUGGUUAGUUGGUUAGUUGGUUAUAUCGGUUAUUUUGAUCGGGAUUAGUUCAGCGAGUUCUUUCCAGCCGAAUUGACUUGGUGGAUAGAGCUUCAUCGUGAUUUAUUUUAUCAGUGGAAUCGGACAAAUCGAAGAAAAAAUAUCAAAUUUAGUUAAACUACACCGGCAAACUUUUGCUUCACUUAAGAUAAUUUUUAUCUGUAGUUGUGAGAAUAUUUGGGUUUGCUAUUUUUCGUUUUGUGAAAAUAUACAAAGUGAUGUUGUAUAAUAAUUGUUAUUUGGAAAGGUAUUGUUCAAAUACAAGUUUGUAUAAGUACAUUUGAGUUUUAGAUUUAACAAAAGAAAAAAAUAGAGAUACAGAAGUAUAAAAUAGUCCUAAAUAUACCAAGUCAUAUAAGAAAGUUGGAGUUGACGAGAUAGUGGCAGGACAACUCGUCUUUGUUGACAACAAAUUGAAAAUUUUAAUUUGAGUUAAAUGAG